GCUGAGCUAGUGUGGAUGGACGGACUGAAAAAUGCUCUGCCUGUGUGAGGCAUCUCCCUGAAGUUAUCAUCACCAGGUUCCUAAGCCCUCUAACAGCCUCUUCUGGGGUGAGAGGCAUGUGGGCUGGCCUGCGGUGAGAAUGCCCAUGGCAGAGCCACUACAGCUCUGCAGACAGCCUGCCACGGGCUGGACCAGGUCACCUGGUUUCCUCAGUGGGAUGUAAGCAAGAGGUGACCCUGAACUCACAGCCUCCACCCUCAACCAUCUGUGGGAUGCAGGACUUCAGCCCCAAGUCCUUUGGUUACCUGCCCUGUUGGGCUGUGGUCCACCACUGUGUUUGCAGUUUUUUUAACCUGUCACCAAUAAUUUUAAAAUAUAUUGUGCAUGAUGACUGGGUAUGUCUGUAUAUAAAACUGGAAAAAAAUUCUUGUAAAUCUUAUUCUUACUAUUUGCAGCACACUGUUUUCUACUCUAGACUAUUGAAAAAAGGUAAGAAAGGCUGGUGGUGAUCCACUAAAUUGAUUUCAUGACUCGCUAGUGGGCCAUGACCUAUAGUGUGAAAAUCACUGUGCUGGAUUCUGUGUCCUUUUGACAGGCUGUGUGUCAUUGUGUGACCAGAGGUGCCUUUGGGGACCAGCCAGGUAAAGUAAAUCUGUGAAAUGGGGUUUUAUUUUAGGAGAGCUCUUCAAUUAUAUUACCAAGGUACAUACACAAAUUAUUUGCAUAUUCACACUUCUGUAAAGAAAUGCGCUUUCUACCAAUUGUCUUCAAACAUGCCCACUCAAUCUCCCGUUUGCUUUCUCACUUUUGGUAGCUGCUUAGCUGUAGGAAAUGACUUGAGUUGCCUCUUAACUUGUCUAAGAAGAGCAGCAGGCAAGCUUAAUGAUGGAGAGCUGGUACCGGAGCCCUCAGGGUCCGGGAGGCUGGGAGCCCCACUCAUCCAGCGGGAGCAGCCGCAGCUCGGCUCCCCAGAGUUUUCCGUGUGGGAAUUGCAGGUCUAGUGUUGCCAGGCUUCAUAUCUGAAGAGUUCAGAAAUCUGGAUUUUGUACAGGAUCUCCCAGUUUCACACUAAAACAGCAGUGUGGUCCAGACAAAACUUAUAUGCCAGCUAGAUGGGGCCAGUAGUGGCAGGUUUUAUCACAGGCAGGCGGGCGGUGCCAUUUCUCCAGGGCUUUGCCCAGGGUCCCUCUAGCCUUUCCAUCUCCCAGGUAGAAGGCUCUCCCAGAACCUGCUGUAUCUGGCAGAGAGAGAGACAGAUACAUGGAGACAGAACGCCACCUGAGGGCUCCGUUCUGAUCUUGCUCCUUUCCUUGGGGUCAGGAAGGAGGGCUUCUGAAGAAAUAGAAGAUUACCGCCUCAGACAGCAGAGCCUGGAUGGAUCAGAUGACAGAGAAGAUAUUCCUGUUAUUCCAGAUCUGGAAGAAAUGCAGGAAGAAGACUUUGUUUUGCAGGUGGCAGCCCCUCCCAGCAGCCAGGUAAGCUGGGUGAUGACCUACCGUGACCUGGACAAUGACCUCAUGAAGUGCCCAGCCUUUCAGACCUUGGAUGGAGAGAUUGACCUGAAGCUCCUCACCAAAGUCCUCGUGCCAGAGCAUGAAGUUCGAGAGGAUGACGUCAGCUGGGACUGGGACCACCUGUACACGGAGGUGUCCUCAGAGCUCCUCACCGAGUGGGACCUGCUGCACACGGAGAAGGAGGACCCUAUGGGACAGCCUGCGCACACCUGAGUGCUUGGGGUACGGCAGACUGCGCUCUCCCUGCACAGAGUAAUCUCUGCUUUGGACUUCUAAGCCUAAAGCUAAAGAAGCUUGAAAGCAGCUUUUAAUUCUUAUAUGCAAUAUUUUGUAAUAAAAGUAUUUAUUCGAAGACCACAUUGGAUCAUUCAGUCAUAAUAAAUUGCUUUACUCUGUG